UAGUUUUAUUUCAGUACAGUAAGAAAGUGUUCGGUUUGUCACACACCAAAAUUUGUAAAUCGGUUUUAUAUUCUGAAAUAAUAAUGUUCCGUCGAGGAUUAAAAGUUUUAAAAACCCGGCCCUUUACAGAGUCGUUUGGUAUUUUGUGUCGCGAAAUUUCGGGAUUUUCCCGAAGAAAGGCAAAGUUCGUAAAGCGUCCGCCACUGAAUCAAGGUACCUAUAACUUCAACUGGCCAACUCUCCAGAGGAUCACUGAUUUCAACAACGUCGAUGGGCAGGACAAGAAGCGGUAUUCCACACUGAAUCUGGAAAACAGUCGUUCCCACGAACUGUGGCAAAAGUCCAGAGUUAGAGCCAAAGAGCAGAACAGCCUCCGUGGCUAUCAGCCUGCCAAUUCCGACGCAACUUCCGAUUCGGAGGAAAUCACCAGUGCCCUGGACAAAGUUCGCCGAAUCGAAGAGCGGCGAAAGAUUCAGAACAAGAUGCAGAGUCUCAUGCAAGAGCAGGAGUUGAUCGACCAACGAAUUCAGGACGAGCACGAUCGUCAGACGACCAAAAAGGAAGUGCUCGUGGAGAGGGAACCGGUCAAGGAAGAGACUCCCAUGGAGUACGCACCCGUGCGAACCGAGGAGAUCCCCAAGCCGGGUCCCUGGGUAUCCGCCACUGUUUUGGCGGCCACCGGAAACAACAAGCAGCAGAGGUACAUGCAAAGGCCUCAAUGGUUGACCAACAAAGUUAUCCAGAACGUGCCCAAUUCUCAGAGCUCGUCUUAUUCGGAAAUUUUGCCAUCGAGCAGUAAAUCGGCCCAAAUUGAUGUGGAGAAGCCGGAUUCACGAAGUGAGUGGGCCAAGACCGCGAUGGAGCUGCACAAAUCCCGAGCCAUGGAAAUGGACAAACAAAGAACGGAGACGGAAUACACCAAGGAAUCAGCCUGCUUGAAAUUGACCGCUGGCAAAAAACGAAUUUACUAAAAGCGACUCAAAACGAAGGGAAAAGUUUUUCAAAAUUUUAGAAAAGCAUUUCGAAAACCUCCGCGUAUAACCGUAUAAAUUGGAGGAAUGGGAUCAUAUCAUUUCAUAUUCAUCCUCAUCGGCAGCUGAGUUUUCGACUUGACAACUUGUAGUAUUAGCCAUUCAGAGCAUUUCAGGGUUCUCAUGAAGAAGUAGACUAAAUUGUAUUUUAAUAUUUCAUACAAGUCAUAAAAAAUAUAUUUAGAACAUAAAAAACGAA